UCAGGAGCAGUGCUGGUCCCCACCAGCCCAGAUCCUCUUGGUGUGGAUGAGCUGAUGGACAAGACAGCUGGUGGAGGUGGAGAGCUUGGGCAUGCCACAGGUUUGACUGGCAGAGCCAAGGAGCUAGGGCAAACCAUGGAUUCAGAGCCUGGAUCCAGAGAGCUUGGGCAUGCCACUGCCCUCAACCUGCUGCCAGCCAUGGAGGAUGGCACCAGCCCAGCAGCGGAGGAGACGAUGCUGCCGGUGCAGAGCCACAUCCUGCCCACACCCACCACCGCCCCCAGUGCUGGUGACAAGCCAACUUUCCCUGUUAAGAAGAAGCCUCCUACUCUAAAACAAGCAAAUGCAGCAAGGAAGCACCCAAGACCCAAGCCCACCCCACCAGGACACCCCAGGGUUGCCUCACUGACCAGCACGCCGGGCUCCAGGCUCCCUACCGCCUCCCAGGACCCACACACGCUGGCAGAGGUGGCAACCAGGGCAGGAGACACAGAGCAGAACCCCUCUGAACUGCCCUGGGGUGAGCAGACCACCACCAGCCGCCCUGCUCUGCAGAUCUCCCCUUCCACCCUGCCACCAGAGGUUCCUCAGCCCUUCCCUGGCAGCGCAGCUGACGCCAAGGAGGCUCCGACUGCGGCUCCCACCGGUGCCACUGAGAGGGAGGUGCCUGGCCCUGCAUCAGAAGAAAGCCAAGAAACCACCACCUCCACCAUCAUCACCACCACUGUCAUAACCACAGAGCCCACACCAGUUCUCUGCAGCAUGAACUUCCACGAGCCUGAGGGCUACAUUGACUCCACAGACUACCCACCCCUGCCCCUGCACAGCUUCCUGGAGUGCACCUACAACGUCACAGUCUACACCGGCUACGGCGUGGAGCUCCAGGUGAAGAGUGUGAACCUGUCAGAGGGGGAGGUGCUCUCCAUCCGUGGUGUGGAUGAUGAUGCCCUGGUGGUCCUGGCCAACCAGACCCUGCUGGUGGAGGGCCAGGUGAUCCGCAGCCCCACCAACACCAUCUCCGUCUACUUCCGCACCUUCCAGGACGAGGUGGUGGGCACCUUCCAGCUCCACUACCAAGUGUUCAUGCUGAGCUGCAACUUUCCCCGGAGGCCUGACUUUGGAGACGUCACCGUGAUGGAUCUGCACUCGGGGGGGGUUGCUCAUUUCCACUGUCACCUGGGCUACGAGCUGCAGGGUCCCAGGGUGCUCACCUGCAUCAAUGCAUCGAGGCCACACUGGAGCAGCCCAGAGCCCAUCUGCUCAGCACCCUGUGGCGGGACCAUCCACAACGCCACCAUCGGCCGUGUCCUCUCGCCCAGCUACCCAGCGAACCAGACGGGCAGCAUGUACUGCGUGUGGGCCAUCGGGGCGCCGCCGGGCCAGAAGCUCCACCUGCACUUUGAGAAGCUGCUGCUGACCGAGAAGGACAGGAUGGUGGUGUACAGCGGGGACUCGAACCGCUCUGCCGUGCUCUACGACUCGCUGCGUGCCGACAGCGUGCCCUUCGAGGGCGUCAUCAGCGACGGCUCCGCCAUCAGGAUCGACUUCCUGGCACGGGAGCCGGCGGCCGCCACCGCCUUCAACAUCCGCUUCGAAGCCUUCGAGCGGGGCCACUGCUACGAGCCCUACAUCCAGAACGGGAACUUCACCACCUCGGACCCCACCUACAACCUGGGCACCACGGUGGAGUUCACGUGUGACCCCGGGCACUCCCUGGAGCAGGGCCCCGCCGUCAUCGAGUGCGUCAACAUGCGGGACCCCUACUGGAACGACACGGAGCCGCUCUGCCGAGCCACGUGUGGUGGGGAGCUGACGGCUGUGGCUGGGGUGAUCCUGUCCCCAAACUGGCCCGAGCCCUAUGCGGAGGGGGAGGACUGCAUCUGGAGGGUCCACGUUGGUGAGGAGAAGAGGCUCUUCCUGGACAUCCAGCUCCUGAACCUCACCAACAGUGACAUCCUCACCAUCUACGACGGGGACGAGCUGACCGCCCGCAUCCUGGGGCAGUAUGUGGGCAGCAGUGGGCCCCAGAAGCUCUACUCCUCCAGUCCUGACCUCACCAUCCAGUUCCACUCAGACCCUGCUGGGCUCAUCUUUGGGAAGGGACAAGGAUUCGUCAUGAACUACAUAGAGGUGUCCCGCAACGACUCCUGCUCCGACCUGCCCGAGAUCCAGAACGGCUGGAAGACCACCUCCCACACGGAGCUGGUGAGGGGGGCCAAGAUCACCUACCAGUGUGACCCAGGCUAUGACAUCGUGGGCAGCGACACCCUCACCUGCCAGUGGGACCUGAGCUGGAGCAGCGAUCCCCCCUUCUGCGAAAAGAUUAUGUACUGCACGGACCCAGGGGAGGUGGAGCACUCGACCCGCCUGAUCUCCGACCCGGUGCUGCUGGUGGGCACCACCAUCCAGUACACCUGCAACCCUGGCUUCGUGCUGGAGGGCAGCUCGCUGCUCACCUGCUACAGCCGCGAGACAGGGACACCCAUCUGGACCUCACGGCUCCCACACUGCGUCUCUGAGGAGUCUCUGGCCUGCGACAACCCCGGGCUGCCCGAGAACGGCUACCAAAUCCUCUACAAGCGCCUCUACCUGCCAGGGGAGUCCCUCACCUUCAUGUGCUAUGAGGGCUUUGAACUCAUGGGGGAGGUGACCAUCAAAUGCAUCCUGGGCCAGCCCUCCCACUGGAGCGGACCCCUGCCCAUCUGCAAAGUGAAUCAAGACAGCUUUGAACAUGCUCUGGAAGUAGCAGAAGCUGCUGCAGAGACAUCACUGGAGGGAGGAAAUAUGGCCUUGGCCAUAUUCAUCCCAGUGCUGAUCAUCUCCUUGCUGCUGGGAGGAGCAUACAUCUAUCUCACAAGGUGUCGGUACUACUCCAGCCUCCGCCUGCCCCUCAUGUACUCCCACCCCUACAGCCAGAUCACCGUAGAGACCGAGUUUGACAACCCCAUUUAUGAGACAGGGGAAACCAGGGAAUACGAGGUGUCGAUCUGA